AUGACCCCACGCAAGACCAAAGCCACGAAGUUCUACGCUGUAUUCAAAGGGCGCGUCGAUGAGCCUACAAUUUUCUCGUCUUGGUAUCACUUCCGGUUCCUUAGCCUUCAGAAGGCGUUAGACUACAUGAAGAAUCUGAAUGUCCUUGCUCCGAGGCGAGUGAUCAAGGAGGGGACUGGAGUUUCUACUCCUGACGAGGCAUCUGACGGCUAUUAUGCUGUCGCAAAUGGUAGAAAGCCUGGGAUAUAUCAAGAUUGGCGUGGUAAAACGCAGGCGCUUAAUCAACUACACGAAGCCCCUGGUGCCUGCUGUAAAAAGUUCAAGACAAACGAGCAAGCAGAGGCAUUCAUCGAGGAUUGGAAACAAGCUAUGGCCGAUGUGCUUCUGAGAUCCAUCAGAGAGGCGCUGGACCAAGGGAUGCGGCCAAAGGACAUGAGCCUUGACGUUUCUGGUUUGUUGAACGGAAACCAGAAUGAUACCGAGAGUCAUGAUGAGAUAGUCGGCUUGGACGUUGGAGCUCUCAAUAUUCAAGACACGCAUACGGAGCAGUAA